UGCUUGCCCAGUCUAAAUUAUUGUAACCUUGGGUGAGCGAUUUAUUGCUUGAGUGUUGUUUUCUUAAUGAUAGACUUGAAGUAUACUAAAAAUUAGUCCUGCAAGAUCACUCAUGAAAUUAAUUACUUUUGAUUACUUUUUGUUUAACAACUUUAUUUUGUUGAUGUUUUUAAAAUAUUUUAUUCACAACUGAUGAUCACCUACUGCAUAAAAAUUGAAGUUUUGUAAAUAUUUUAUCCAUGUAUAUUUGAAAUAUCUAUAUAAUUCUUAAUUCUUUUUUUCUCAGUAUUGUUUUUUAGAUUGUAUAUAUAUCUAAACAGAAGAUGGAUGAAGUAAAGCCUUCUUUUUCUGGAUUGACUGACUUUACCAGUCCACCUGAACCCCCUGCUGGAAUAAUAUUUUCAAAUGUUUUACCAACAGACAUUUUUAUAAAUAUGAGUAAUGGCGGAUAUGAAAUAAUAGACACUCCUCAUGCACAAGAUACAUAUACUAGACAUCGAAAACAAAGAACCCAACAUCGCAAAAGCUAUUAUUUAUUUCACUCUGCAAUAGACCAAAGAAGAUUACGAAUACUAGCGAACUCUGGAUACAAAGACGAGUUGCAGAAUUUUUUAGAAAGUUGCCCUAACAUUGAAAAAGUUAUAAAUAGUUCUGAUAAUAAGAAAAGGACAGCACUACAUUUUGCAGCAUCUAGAGGCUCGGAUGAAAUUGUCCAUGCACUUUUACAAUAUGGAGCAGAUCCGAAUUUAAGAGACUUUAAUGGAAAUACUCCUUUGCAUUUGGCUGCAUGUACGCACCAUAUCCGAGUAAUAACACUUUUGUUAAGAUUUGGUGCAGAUGUUAAGGCCACUGAUUCAUUUGGAAAAACACCUCUCCAUCUAUCUCUAUCAAGAUUAAAAAUGUUCCACUCUAGAGAUACGACUAGAACGUCUCAAGAAUCAGCUUAUUCUGCAGCUAAAAAGAAAGCAGAAAUGGGUGAGAUUGUUGCCAUGCUGAAAGAAUAUUUUGAAAAGUCUGGCCAAAAGGAUGAACAUAUGAAGAUCUCCGAACUUACGAAAAAUUUAUGGCUUAUGCAAACUGUUGAUGAGGUUAACGAGAUGGGAUCCUUGCUGUCCAAUUUUACUCAAAUGACCAUUGAUGCUGCCGCAAAAUCUAAAAUGUCUGAAGAAUAAAUUUACGCGAAAAUUUUUAAUAAUUUUAGAAGAGAUUUAUAUGCAUAGCUAUAUUUUUCAACAUAUUUGUUAAAGAAAUCACGUUUAAAUUUCACAGCUAACAAGGUAAAAUUCGCGAGGAUUAAUUUGCGCGUCAAUGUAGAUUUGAAGUUUGCUAUUCUUAUGGUGAAAGGUUAUUAAGUUCAACAGGAAAACAAAUUAAAAACAUAUAUGGGAAGAGUUUAAUCACAUAUCAUUAGAAGUGGAGAUUGGCGGAAUUGAAGACCUGGAUAGAUUUAAUGGAAACCGCAAACUUCUUCUGAAAACAUUGCCGACAUUUUCGUAGUUAUUUGUGUUUCUUUUUCACAUAAUAUAUAUAUCGAAAUGGAUGGAUAAACAGAACACUUGGCACCUUUUAUAAGCAUGCUUGUUACAAUUUUAAUUUGUUUUGUACAUUUUUCAACGACGUUGUGCAGGCCAAAAUUACAAUGCAACAAUCGCCUUAUUCGUGAUAUUAAAGAAAAGCAUAAAGGGUUUCCAUGCAAAUCAAGAGAGAUUGACGUCAAAAUGAAAGUACUUUUGUCAAGUCAAGAAAAGAAAGAAUGGUUUUUAUUCGUGCAAUUGACGAUGAAAUUAUCCUCUUAAUAACUAAGAAAACGAAAGCUAUGUUCGUCAUGCGGACUCAAACGGAUUUAGUUUCUUAAGUUAUCACGAGGAUGAUAUAUCGUUUCCAAUUGGACUCAAUACGAAAAAGUAGUGGUGUAUCUAGUUGGCUACCUAAGCAGUGUUCCAGCCUGCUAAUCUGAGAAACAAUAGCAUAAAAUGAAAUUUACUGUUGCUCAUAAAAAAAGCUGGUUAAUUAAUAUUUCAUGACAAAUUAGUCCUGGUCUUUAAUUCCGCCAAAUUUCUCAUGAUAUCUAAUUUCAAAGCGUAAAUGUUUGGAUGAAGUGGAUAUAUAUAUUUACAUAUUUCCUUCCUCGUAAAUGUGAAAAUAAAUGAAUGAUGAAUUUUCUCAACGUUUAGUUGGUUCAUAUAAAUUUGUAUGUGUAAAUAUGCAUAAUAUUUGUGUACUCGUGUUUGCAAGAAAAGAACGCAAAACUACUUUCACUGGA